AUGCGGACCCUCCUCCGCGCGCUCGUGCUCGCUCUCUUUCUCAGACGAGCCCAGGGCGUGUGUACGCCCGACGCUGCCCUGAUUGUCGCUGACCCAGUCUUCACGCGGCGCACCAUUGUCACCAACGAAGCCAAGGGUGCGAGGUGCGCACAAGCAGCCGAUCUGGACGGCGACGGCUUGCUUGACAUCGUCUCGGCCUCUUCGACGGACAACACCGUCGCGUGGUACAAGAACCUCGGAGGUGACGCGUGGUCGGGCAAAAACGACAUCACGUACUCGUCCAACGGCGCUCGCAUCGUGGACACGGGAGAUGUGGACGGUGAUGGGGAUGUAGAUGUGGUGGUUGCGUCGUACUACGAUGACGCAGUCAGAUGGAUCGAGAACGACGGGACCGGCGUGUUUACCGAGACUCACCUCAUCACCACCAGCGCCGUGAACGCGCAGGGCGUGGAGCUCGCCGACCUUGAUGGAGAUGGCGAUCUCGACGUCAUCUCGGCCUCGUCCGGCGACAACACUGUAGCAGUUUAUCUCAACAUCGGAGUCGACGGCUCCUUCUGCGAGAUAAAGCGCAUCGUCGAUGACAACGCUGUUGGCGUGCGCACAGUUAUUGCAGUCGACCUUGACGGGGAUGGCGACAACGACCUCGUGUCCGCCUCGAAAGACGACAACACGGUCGCGUGGUACCCCAACGACGGUGCCGCCAGCUUUCCUGAGAAGGUCGUUAUCUCCAACACAUCGUUUGGCGCGUACAGCCUGGUGGCGCGCGACAUCGAUGCUGAUGGAGACAUGGACUUGUUUGUCGCGUCCAAUGGUGACGACACUGUGGCGUUGUGGCGUAACGAAGGCGCGGGGGUCUUCACAAAGACGAUCAUUUACGCUGAGGCCGACUUCGUUCUCUCAGUGACUGCCUUCGAUUUUGACCGCGACGGCGACAUGGAUGUGGCGUCCGCCUCGUACUUUGAUGGCAUCAUCAGGUGGUACGAGAACCUCGACGGCAACGGCACGACAUGGCAGAACCACACGCUGUACGUCGGAGCGCAGGGCCACUAUGUGAGCACGGGUGACCUGGACGGCGACGGCGACGAGGACCUCAUAGCUGUGACCAAGAGCGAGAACAGAGUGCAGGUCUUCUUUGCAGCCACCAGCUGCGACGAAGGCACGGGCGCCGACGCGGGCUCUGCUGCGUGCUGCCGGCUCGGGCAGAGCUUCAACGGGAGCGCGUGUGUCGCAUGCUCACCGGGAACAUACGGCAUCAUCGGAACCGACGGCCUUGCCGAGUGCACCGCCUGCCCUGCGACCUGCACGAUCCCGGGGCUGGUGGUCACGCCUGCGACAUGCUCAGGCGCACUGGGCCUUGCACUUGUAAUGCCGUGGGGCUCCUGCGUCACUGGCUGCGCCGACGCGUCGGCGAGUGCGGCCGCAUGCGACUGCCCCGACAACGAGUUCAAAUCGAACAUCACUGACACCUGCACGGCAUGUCCUUCUGGCCAGACCAAGCCGCCGUCCCCUACGCGUCCCCUCGUCUCCUUCGCGGCUGAGACGAUGUGGCAGGGCUUUCUGAACACCUGCGAAGUCGACUCCUCUCAGGCCAAGGUUGACCCCGUGCCCAUCAUAGCGGGCUGCGGCGGAGGCCUAUUGAUGCUAUUGCUCGGCUUCAUCGCGUACAAGCUCAUAGCGCGCUACCGCCAGGCUGUUGCCGAUAGCCAGGCAUAUGGCGCGUGGCUCGAGACGCAGGUGGACAACGCGUUGGCUAACGUCAAUAAGCUGGGAUUCUGUGUAUGCUUCCUGCCUCUGUCCGCGCUCAAAUCAGCGGGCAGGCUGCCAGCACACGAGGAGCUACGCAAUAGCGGCCUGCUGCGCAUGCUCGACACGUACGAGCAGGUGAUCGCCUUCAUCGAGCAACACCCGACAGUCUUCUUCAGCCACCAGUGGCUCGCCAGGACCGAGCCCGAUCCGAACGAUCGGCAUCUGAACGCGAUGCUUCGGGCCGCGGAGGCACUGUGUGACAAGGAGGGCGUCGAUUCGGACCAUCUCUACUGCUGGAUCGACUACGCGUGCAUCCCACAGGCCAACGCCGUCAUGAAAGCGCAGUCGAUCGCGACGAUUGCACUGUACGCAAGCGUGUGCCGCUACUUUGUGGCUGUUUGCCCCACGUUGCAGAAUGAGGGCGAUCUCUUUGAUGUGGACACGUACCAGCGGCGCGGCUGGUGUCGUCUCGAGCAGUGGGCGCGGCUGACAGUCGGCGGGCUGAAGGCGAUGUUCGUCUACAAUGGCACGCUCAACGAGCUCGCUGGCCACGUCGAGUGGUACGAGGACUCCAUCCGAGUGCUCCAGGGCAACUUUGCGGAGCCGGACGACAAGCUCAAACUCGUGCCGAUUAUCUUGGCCCUGUGGGCCUCGGCCCUCCGCAGCAGGCACGAAAACAACGACGACGUUGGUGUGUACGAGCUGGUGAACUUCAGCAAGAGCGAGGUUUUCCCGAAAGAGUACUUUGGCUCUCUCGUCACGCUACUCGAGGACAAGAUCGCGGGCGAGCUCACCUCGGGUGGCGACGACGCGACGUCGGCAUUCAAAAGUGCGCAGGGGCGGCCAAAGCAAGCAGAAGUGCUCUGCAGAGCACAGUUAGUGCCUCGCUCCCAUAGCUUUCGCAUCGUCGUUAUGAGUUUCUCGUUUACCUGCUCCAAGAAGGGGCCUGGCUGCUCUCACAGCGGCGCUGGUACGAGCGCUGCUGCUGCUGAGGGCGGCGAGGGGGCGGUGGCUCGUGGCUGGCAGCGACGGCUGUGCAGUGGCACGCGCACCCCAGAGGCGGAGAGCGGCGCCCGCGAGGCGUGGGCCGCAGUUGUUGCUGGCGGAGGUGGACCCGUUGUGUCUUCGCCCGACAUUGCGGCGGGGGGCGGAGUCUGGACUCAUUCUUAUUUUGCGAGGUCCCAGGAGCAAGCGGUGGGCACGGCAACCGACGAGGAGGACGACACAGGCGGCUACGUGGAGGGGUGGAAGGAAGCGGUGAAGGCGGGAGAGAUUCUGCUCUUCGACGAGGAGCGGGCGAAGGUGAUGCGGUAUGCUCCUGGCGGGGGCGCGGUCGAGGGCGCGGGGGUGGGUCGCGCAGUGCCCGCUGGCGGGGCAAGCGGCGAGGGGUCGCCGGGGGGGAUGAUGGGGAUGGUCUUUUCGGCGAGCACUACGGUGCUCGCGGAUUCGACUGUCCCCCCGGUCGUGCCCACCUUUUGA